UCGCUGCUGCUGAAAUUCGGCAGCUCUCGCGAAGCUGCCAAAAAAGGAGGAAAGGGAAUUAAUUCUCUUAUUUUGGGCCUUGUAGGCGAUAUUUCUACACAGUUUUGGCAUGAGAGAUAGAUAAAUUAAUAAGGAACAAGAUGCCGGUGUUAGUUUUUCUAAUAGACACCAGUGCUUCGAUGAAUCAGAGGACACAUUUGGGCACAUCACUCUUGGAUAUUGCGAAGGGAGCUGUCGAGACAUUCAUGAAGCUUCGCCUUCGAGACCAAGCCAGCCGCACGGAUCGCUACAUGCUGGUGACGUGCGACGAGUCUCCGGCUACAAUAAAGGCUGGCUGGAAGGAGAAUCCUGCAGUCUUCAUGACUGAGCUGAAGAACCUUCAGGCCACCGGUCUCACAACCUUGGGUCAUGCCCUCAAGAUGACCUUUGACCUUUUGAAUGUCAACCGUCUCUACUCUGGAAUCGACAACUAUGGCCAGGGUCGGAACCCAUUCUACCUGGAACCAGCCAUUGUCAUAGCAAUCACUGAUGGACAUAGACUUUCAAGUAACAGCGGUGUUCAGGAUGAGCUAUCGCUUCCGAUGAGCCACGUCCUUCCCGGGAGCGAACUGACCAGGGAGCCCUUCAGAUGGGACCAGCGGUUAUUCGCUCUGGUGCUGCGCCUGCCGGGGGUCGCGGGGGAGAAGGAACGGAUGGGGCCGACCAGUAGCCUGGUGAAUACAGAUGACUCUCCUAUAAGCAGCAUGUGCGAGGUGACGGGAGGUCGCUCUUAUAUGGUAAACUCUAUGAAAACCCUAAACCAGUGCCUUGAGUCCCUUGUCCAGAAGGUCCAGAGCGGUGUGGUAGUCCAUUUUGAGAAGUUUGGACCAGAUCCUGGCCUGCCUAACGGAGAGAUGAAAGCUGGAGGACGCCAGUCCCCUCAACCACCAGAGGUGGAGCGGGAGGGCACGCCACAGCCGCUGGAUGCCCCGGGCACUUUGGGGGUGCCCCCUAAUGGGCGUAAUGGGGCGCCGUCCCCUACCCCCCAGGAUACCUCGUGGUACAGCUGCCGUAGGAUGAUCCAUGUGAGACCUAACCCAAAGAGUGGUGUACCCAUGGGACACUGGCCAAUCCCCGAGACGUUCUGGCCUGAUCCACAGGCACCGGCAUUGCCCCAGCGUGUAUCACACCCAGUGGUGAAAUUCACCUGUACGAACUGUGACCCAAUGAUUCUUGAUCAACUUCCGUUUGAUAAGUACGAGCUGGAACCCUCACCGCUGACACAGUACAUUUUGGAAAGGAGGAACCCUAACUCAUGCUGGCAGGUAUUCGUACCCAACAGCAACAAGAACGGUGACAUCAUGGGUCACCCGUUUGGCUUCCUGAAGGCAAGCUCCAACCUAUCGUGUGUGAACCUUAUUGUAAUGCCGUACAACUACCCGACCCUGAUCCCUCUCCUAGAUGACCUGUGUAAGAUACACAAGCUGAAGCCCUCUCAGAAGUGGAAGCAGGCAUUCGAUAGCUAUCUAGAGGAAGUCCCCAGAUACUAUGCAGGGCCACUGAAAGUAGCUCUUCGGCGGAUGGGUGCGCCCAACCUAAUACCCGAUGGCCUAGAGAACUGCCUGAGUUACAGUGUGGUGACGUACCUUAAGAAACUCAAGCAACGGAGCAAGGUGGAAGGAGAGAAGUUAGCUAACCUCAUUGCCAGCCGACCCCGAGCUCAGGAGCUCGGAAUCAAAGUACAAUCUAGGUCUCCGUUACGCUCUCUGGCAGCACGGCGAGACUUCCAGCAGCUGCUCCAGAGCAUCACCGGCGAGACCAUCACAGUCCGGGCAGAUAACAAUGUCAACGAGUUCCCCGGGUACAUGCUGCGGGUGAGCGACCGUGACAUUAGACCCCAGACCUAUCGCAACCCCUUUGACAUUCCCCGGAAGGAGAUCUUGGAUCAGGUGUUCAGGAUGAGGGCCAACUUCCUCCAGAUCACGUCGAACAGGGCAGUGAGAUUCAUGAAUGAAGAUAAAUUCCACAACAUUCCCAUAGGAGAGAUGGGGAAUUACCAGGAGUACUUGAAGCGGAUACCAAGCCCUCUACGGGAAGCAGACCCCGCCCCGGCCAGGCUUCACACGUUUGGAAACCCAUUCAAAUUGGCAACAGAGAAGGAUAAGAAAAUGAUGGUCGAUGAGGCAGACAUCAACGAGCACAUGGCAGGCAUACCUCAGAAGAGGCGGGCCUCGGACAGCAAUCUUUCCCUCAAGAAGUUGAAGGGAGCGUCACCGCCUAGUCGUAGACCAACGUCCCCUGCUGCCCAGGGGGCCCUACUCAAGCAACCCUUGCAUCAACUCGUCCAGCGAAGGGCUCAGAAUGCAAACGCAACCAAUGGCAGUAAUAAGGAGAAUAAGAAUUCUGGUUCAUCAACUCCGGAAAGGUUGCCAACACCGGAACUCAAACCCCAAGAACCUCCUGCAUCGGGUGACGAAUCGGGAAGCUCUUCGGACGAGCUCGUCAUCAUCAUGGAUGGCAUCAACGAUGAGGUUGCCAUGGAAACAAGCAGCAAUGCAUCCUCGGAGGACGAAGCCACGCCCACAUCGCCGUCUCCGUCAUCAUUAUCAUCAUCAACACUUCCAGUUUCAUCAGGGUCAUCGACGACCACCAGCAAUCACGUCGACUCUAAGAAAUCUAACAGCAAACACCGCAAGAUGAAUAAUAACAACGUGCUUCCACCAUCAGAGCCAUCGACAACGAACAAUGCGAGGAAUACCGCCUAUGAGCGGAUGGACUCGAUGAACUCGGAUAUUGACGUGAAUGUGGUCAAUUCCAGACUUAGAACUAAAGUAAUUAGAGAGGUCAGAAAGCCAGGCAAAAAUUUCAGACGUCUCUUCGAGGAGCUCAACAAAAUCCAAGGCGACAUGGACACCAAAUACCUCUUCAUCGAGAGCAUCAUCAACGAGGCCAAGCGAUUCAGACGCAAGACCCUGAUCGGCAUGCUGGAGAUGUUCCGUAGUUCCAUGGUGACGUUCGAGAAGAAACAAUCAUUAGGAAGCACAGGAUCCAAUCACGUCAGAUAGCACCGUAUCCGUUGGAUCAUACUUUGAACUGUAUCACAGUCAAUGGACAGUGCUUUCCUAUUCUCGUCGUGUCAAUUUCUGUCCACACUUGUAAUUUAUUUAUUGUUUUGUAAGGUGUUCAUCCUUUUCUUUUUCUCCCGGGGUUUAUUUUUCUGAAAUGUAUUUUCAAUUUUUGUUCGAUUAUUUUUUUUUCCUUUCCCUUUCAGUGUUCAAUUUUGAUUUGCAAAAUAUUUGUAAGAAGUUUUCAAAGUUCCUCGAAAGGAUUAUGUUCAAGUUGCAGGUUACAACUUGUAUGUAGUGUCAAAGCUGCAUUCCGAUUUGCCAAAUGCCCACUAGUAAUGUGACUUCUUCAGUGGACUAUUACCUUUAAUAUCCCAUUUGACCCUUAGUUAAUACUCCCCCCCCCCCUAGUUCUAGGGUUAAUGAGCAUAAAUGAUGCAUGCUAGGCACUCAUCAGGGUCCUGUAACACAAAGGUUAGCAAUUGAUUGUACGCUUGAUUUUUACGAUUCAUUGUACAUUGUAGUCAAUGCAAUCAGUCGUAGAAAAUUGUUCUACAUUGAUCGCCAAGUUUUGCGUUAUGGGACCCAGGGUCCCGUAACACAAAGGUUAGCGAUUGAUCGCACGCUUGAUUUUCAUGAUUGAUUGUGUAUUGUAGUCAAUGGAAUCAAUGGUAGAAAAGUGUUUCGAUGACCAUUGCUAAGCAUUGUGUCACUGGCCCAGAUCGUGGUUGGAUGGUAUGUGCCCUUCGAUAAUCUUAAGGAGAUCAGAGGCCUGUUUUGUAAAGAGUUACAUCAGGGGCCCGUAACACAAAACUUAGCAAUGAUCGUAGAACAUUUUUCUACGAUUGAUUCCAUUGACUACAAUGUACAAUCAAUCGUAUAAAUCAAGU